AUGAAGCAACGAUUCUCGUCCCUCGAUGUCAAGGUCAUUGCACACGAGCUGUCACAGGCGCUUGUGACGCUGCGAUUGUCAAAUGUCUACGACCUCUCCUCCAAGAUCCUUCUCCUCAAGUUCGCCAAGCCCAAUGACAAGAAACAAAUGAUCAUCGACUGCGGUUUUCGGUGCCACCUUACCGACUUCGCCAGAACAACUGCCGCUGUGCCCUCGGCAUUCGUCGCACGACUGCGAAAGUUCCUCAAGACCAGACGAGUCACUUCGGUGUCACAGAUCGGAACGGACAGGAUAAUAGAGUUUCAAUUCAGCGAUGGACAGUACCGGCUGUUUCUGGAGUUCUUCGCGAGCGGCAACGUCAUCCUGACGGACUCCGACCUCAAGAUCCUGACCCUGAUGCGCAAUGUACCUGAAGGAGAGGGCCAGGAGCCACAGCGCGUUGGCCUUACAUAUUCGCUGGAGAAUAGGCAGAAUUACGGCGGCGUACCGGACCUGACCAAAGAACGUGUACGUAAUGCGCUUCAGUCAAUAUCCGAGAAGUCUGCUGCCACCGCGGCGGCUGGCAAAAAGAUCAGGAGAAAGGCUGGCGACGAGUUAAGGCGAGGACUGGCAACCACUUUGAACGAGCUGCCUCCGAUAUUAGUCGACCAUGCUUUCCAAGCUACUAAGUUUGACCAUACGGCCAAGCCUGCGGAUAUUCUUGAAAACGAGAGCCUGUUUGACUCCUUGUUCAAGGCUCUUACGGAGGCGCGUUUGGUGGUAGACAAUAUUAGUACCUCUGAGACCGGUAAAGGCUACAUUAUAGCGAAGAAGAAGGUGGACCUCAGUGAUGCAGCUGAUGCGCAAGAACCCCAGUCGCAAGAGGCUAAGCCCACCGGACUCCUUUACGAAGACUUUCACCCGUUUCUACCAUCUCAAUUUGAGGGAAACCAGGCAUGGGCAAUCCUGACAUUCGAUACAUUCAACAAGACCGUCGACGAAUUCUUCUCUUCCAUAGAAGGACAGAAAUUAGAAUCGCGGUUGAGUGAAAGGGAGGCUGCCGCAAAGAGGAAACUCGACGCUGCGAAACAAGACCAAGCCAAGAGGUUAGAGGGACUUCAGGAAGCCCAACUUCUCAAUCUACGCAAGGCUGCCGCAAUAGAGGCCAAUGUUGAGCGGGUUCAAGAAGCUAUGGAUGCUGUGACUGGGCUUUUACAACAAGGCAUGGAUUGGGUGGACAUCGGCAAGCUUGUUGCACGCGAGCAGAAAAGGCACAAUCCCGUUGCUGAGAUCAUCAAACUGCCCUUGAACUUAGCAGACCAUUCCAUCACCAUCGUCAUCAGCGAGGAAGAGGCAGCCGUAGAGGAAGACGAAGAUGAGGGCUAUGACACCGAGUCGACUGUGUCGGACGAUGCUGAAGAGUCCGAGAUUGAUGCUGGGAAGAAGAGGAUCGCUCAAAGUCUAGAAGUUGACAUAAAGUUGGGCAUCUCUCCAUUCAGCAAUGCCCGAGAAUACUAUGAACAGAAACGUUCGGCAGCAGAAAAGGAACAGAGGACGAUGCAGCAAUCCGUUACCGCGCUGAAGAAUGCCGAACAAAAGAUUGCCGAGGACCUGAGGAAGGGCCUCAAGCAGGAGAAGGCAGUUCUGCAGCCCAUUCGACGCCAGCUUUGGUUUGAGAAGUUUUUGUGGUUCAUUUCCUCAGAUGGUUACCUCGUUCUUGGUGGCAGAGAUGCUCAACAAAACGAGAUGCUUUAUAAGCGGUACUUGAGGAAAGGGGAUGUAUAUGUUCAUGCUGACCUACACGGUGCCGCUACUGUCAUAAUUAAGAAUAACCCAAAGACUCCUGAUGCCCCAAUCCCGCCUUCGACCUUGUCUCAAGCUGGGAAUUUGGCUGUCUGUUCUUCUAAUGCUUGGGACUCGAAGGCUGGUAUGGGUGCAUGGUGGGUUUACGCGGAUCAAGUUUCAAAGUCUGCGCCGACAGGAGAGUAUCUCUCAACAGGUAGCUUCAUGGUCCGAGGUCAGAAAAACUUUCUUCCACCUGCUCAGUUACUUCUGGGCUUUGGUAUUAUGUUCAAGAUCAGUGAGGAGAGCAAGGGUAAGCAUGUCAAGCACAGAUUACAUGACAACUCUACUACCACUACACUGGAUGAUGCCACAUCGACUAUCGACCGCUCAGAAGAAGCCCUAGAUCCUAAUCGAGCUGAUAAUGACGCGGCGAGUGAGUCGGAUGAAGAUCAAAACGAUCAAGAAGACAACCUUGCCCGUGAGAAUCCACUUCAAUCCAGCAACAGAAGGGAUAGCGUCGAAGGCGAUGACGCCGAUGAUGAAGAAAGAGUCCCGGAUCAAGAGGUUGCAGCAAUGACCCUCGAUGAUCAGCCACAAAUGCCAGAGGAGGCGCAGCCAGACCAAGAAGGCCCAGAUGUAGAACAAGGUGUUGCAGAAGAAGAGGAAGACAAUGACGAUGCUGCAUCAGAACGGCCCCCGCCAAGUACAUCGACGGCACCUACAUCUAAGCCUAGCACUACUACGUCUCAGAAAAAGGGUCGUCCCAAACGUGGGCAACGCGGCAAGGCCAAAAAGAUUGCAGCUAAAUACAAGGAUCAAGACGAGGAAGAUCGCGCUGCCAUUGAAGACUUGAUUGGCGCCUCAGCUGGUAGGCAAAAAGCUGAGGCCGAAGCCCAGGCCAAGGCGCAACGGGAAGCCGAAGCAGAAGCUGCGCGGGAGAGACGGCGAGCCCAGCACCAACGCCAGCAGAAAGAGACAGCGGAACAUGAAGAGAUCCGUCGCAUGAUGCUUGAUGAAGGCGUCGAGAUGCUUGACGAUGCAGAGCUCGAGAAGAGCACACCACUCGAUGCCCUUGUCGGGACGCCUCUAGCUGGAGAUGAAAUUCUCGAAGCGAUGCCCAUUUGCGCACCGUGGACGGCGAUGGCCAAGUGCAAGUACAAGGCCAAACUGCAGCCUGGUGCGCAGAAGAAGGGCAAGGCCGUCAAGGAAAUACUCGACAGGUGGCGGGUUGCCUCUGGGAAGAAGGGCGUCUUGGACGAGAAUGCUCGGGAUUCGGAAAGGAUGUGGCCCCGGGAAAUUGAACUUAUAAAGGCCCUGAAGCCCGAAGAGUGUAUUAAUUGCGUCCCUGUUGCAGACGGAUUCUUGCUACUGCGAGUAACUGAUUUCCUGCCAGGCAACAACUCAGCCAACAUGGCAGCAUCCGCCGAACCUACGGCUACUCAAUCUAUUGAGGUUGGCUUCGAUGGUGAGUCUCUCAACUUCAAGAGCGCCACCGCCGACAUAUCAUUCACCAUCCAUUCUAUGCCGGACAUUCCUGCCAACGCGCAGAUCAUCGGCAUUUGUGCUCUCAAUAAGGAAGAUGCCUUGCCAGAAAAUCAUGGCUGGAUCGUUUCCGAUCUCCUUGCCUUCAAACAGUUGAUGUUCAAGGAGGGGAACAAAGAUGCCCAAAUUUGGAUGUCAACUGCCGACCUCGCAACCGCCAUUCGGGAUACCGAGGACAAGCAUGCUCAUGUUGAGAGCAUUGAUAGCUCUUCUGAACCCGAUAUGAAUCAGAUCAAAGGUAAAGACAUCUCGGCCGCUACCUCUGGACUACCGUUCAAGGUCUUUCCUUCUAUGUCCAAGCUUCAUCUCGGCUUCAUCAAAGAAGUUCGGGAGCGUGCCAAGCUUGCACAGAAGAACAAAACAGCACUCGUCAUCUUCGGAAUGGGACUGAGCAAUGCGACUCAAGAUCUAAUCAUCGGUUCAUCCAGCGAAAUCGUCACAAAGGAUCGGCUAUCUCGAGCCACCGGGAAUGAGGUGCCUCUCAUCCUCGUCACACCUGCUGCAUUUUCAGGUGGUUGGCAGAUUAAUACUGAGCUGGGGGAGAAGCAUGAUUCCGUCUCAAAUGCCAUUCGGAAGAACUUGAUAGCGUCGUGGUGCAAAACAACCUUUACACCCAAGAUUACCUCCAAUGAGUUCGCUUCAGGAGACCUCGGCCAGGGUGGGGUUGAGAAAGGCUCUGCACAGCCGUUGACUCACAUCUUCAACUUUGACCCGAGCUGUGAUGAGUGGGAGAAGCUCUGGGCGAGUAGAGUCGGUGCACCUCUGACAUAUUGGCAACGUAAGUGGAACAAGUUCCCGGCCGUCGAAUUCCUGAGGAGGAGUGAUGGAUACGGUUUUCUCGGCUCUGCAUUCGGUGGCACUCAGAGCUCUCAACUGGCCCAUGUGAGGUUUCUCGUCGCCCAUGAGUUGAGGACUUGCAUCGGUGACUGGGACAAAGCCUUCAGCACUUCUACAAAGGAGUUUUUACAGGACUUUAUUGAUACAGAGGAUGUCACGGAGAAGCACUCGAUGACAAGCCAUGAUGCAAUGGCCAAGAGCAGCUUUGCGAGCGCUUGGUCAACUCUUCUCAUGUUGUGGCCCGGUGCGCCGCCGCCAGACUCUACCGUCCGCAAGACAGUUAAGGAUACUACAUACUGUCGACCGACCUUCUACCUUGCUGCUGCCGUGAUGACAAAAUUCGUUCUCUAUCAGGGCAAUGACGACGUUGACACCAUCAACGAGUUCGUCAAAGUCCGGAUCGGUGGUGCGAUCGAGAUGAUUUCCAACGAAAUCUCCAGGCAGUCUGCCGAGCGCGAGGAAGCGGUUAAGCGGAAGGGUGCUGAGCUGAAGGCUGCUGAGCUGAAGGCUGCUGAGCUGAAGGCUGCUGAACUCAAGGCUGCUGAACUCAAGGCUGCCGAGAUCAGGGCCUCUGUGAUCGAGACAGCCCUCAGGCGUCAGGAAGCCAUUCAGCGCAACGUCGACAAGAUCAAGACUGCCAAGCUUGAGGAAGCCUCCCAGCGCAAGGUUGACGAGUAUAAAGCCGCCCCGGCUCCGCAUGAGAAUCCUGUUCCCGAGGCUGUGCCUGUCGUCGAGGCUGUCGCAAAGACGAAAGCGAAUCUUAAGCCAGAGCAUCAAGCUAACUCGCCUCCCCGAACACUUCGCAACUCGAGAUGGAGUGACGACACUGCUAUCGUCAAGGAGCCUUUAACGUUCCAGAAUCCCGAGAAGAUUACCAGUCAUACGACCGAGCCGGUUCUCCCGCAGAAGUCUGCCCGAAGUUUCGUGCAGGAGUCAACCACAGUUCUCCCAAAGAACAGUCAGGACUCUGCCAUAGCAAGAAAGGAGCUCUUGAAUGAUGCAAUCAAAGAUCUUGUAAAGAAAGAGCUGAGUAAAAAUGGCAACGAUAUUUCAGACAUCAUCACAGCGUUCGAGAAGAAGAUGAGACUCUCUGACUCUUCUACUGCAACGACUAAGCGAAACUCCUCGGUUGCCUCACCUCCGUCGGAUAAAUCAGAUGAAGUCGCGAACGUUGCAAAGCCACCCGAUUCUGAGCCGUUACCUGAAAUCAAUUUGGCGUCUUGCGGCAUGAUUGGGGUGUUGGUCAUGAACGUGAAAUCUGAUGAUCAGGCCAGAGAUCUCUUUACUGAGGAGGAUAAGCCCAAGAUCGUCAAGAUCAUGCAUCGUGGAGACGCUCUCAGGGCAGUUCAAUUCAGAACUUUGGAGGAGCGUGACAUGGCUAUGGAUCGCUUGCCCAAUACACUCAAGUACAAGGCCACUGAAAACCCCUUGAAGCCGUAUGUCAAGAAUUUUCAGCCACCGCGCGAACCCUCUCUAGGCUCGAUGGUGGACAACCUGAUUCAGAAUACCCCUGGCCUAGCCGGCGUCUCCAAGGACGCCCUCGCCGCUUUCUUCAACUCAAUUGCGGACAACCUCAGAACGCCCGCCACUGGAAAGAGCACAUCUUCUUUCCAGUAA